AGUGUCCAAACAUAUGAUUAUAUUGUGAUUAUCACAACUGCACUAAACAUUACAAACAUUUAAUACAAGUUUUGGUAUAUUUAUUUUUGUCUAUACUUUUUGUUAUCAAAUUUGUUAAUUAAUUGAUAUGAAUGAAGAAUUAAUUAAAAAGUUUGCAUCAAUUGGUUUGAGUGAAGCCAAGGCUAAGGAGACGCUGAAGAAUGAAAGUCUGAGCAAAACUUUGGAUGAAUUGAUUGAUGAAACUAAUAAAUACUUGAAGACCGACAAUGGUUUUAGUAAAUCAAUCGGUAAACUGGUAUAUCAAACGGCAACAACUAUUAAAUUGCAAAUUAAGUCUCAUUUACCACUUCUUAUCGAAUAUAUUGCCAAAGAAAAGAUUGAUUCUGAAAUCAAAUUGAUUGCUGCCAUCGAUUAUUUGUUGACUAAUCCAUCCAAUAAUAUCAGUAUUAAAGAUUUUGAGACCAAUUGUGGAGUUGGAGUCACUGUUAGUGAACAAGAAAUUAAAGACACCGUUAAGUCUUUAAUUGAAAGUAAUAAAAAUGAAUUAAUUGAAAAAAGAUAUCGAUUUAAUGUCGGAAUACUUUUGGGAUCUUUAAAGAAGACAUUGAAGUUUGCCGACGGAAAGGUUAUUAAAGAUGAAGUCGAUAAACAAAUACUGGAACUGUUGGGACCUAAAACUGAAUCAGAUUCGGCAAAACCAACCAAAGAGAAGAAGGAAAAACAAACGAAAUCUGUGACCGAAUUGAAUGGUCAGACAUCAGAGAUAACGGAAACUAAUUUUAUUGAUUUAAUCCGAAGAAAAGAACACUUCCAUAAAGUUGGCGAAAACUAUAAGACAGACGGUUAUGUUAUUACAGAUAAAACAAAUGAUUUGAUUGCAAAGCACUUGAAAGCUACCGGCGGUAAAGUAAUGACUCGGUUUCCUCCCGAACCUAAUGGUAUUCUACACAUUGGUCACGCAAAAGCUAUAAAUAUCAACUUUGGUUACGCAGAAGCUCACAACGGACACUGUUAUCUUCGUUAUGAUGACACCAAUCCAGAGAAAGAAGAAGAAAGAUUUGUGCGCGAAAUCAAAGAAGUUGUUGAAUGGUUAGGAUUUAAAGCUUAUAAAAUUACAUUUUCAUCCGAUUAUUUCAAUCAACUCUAUGAAUACGCUAUUAAAUUGAUUCAAAAAGAUAUGGCAUAUGUGUGCCAUCAGAAACAAGAAGAACUGAAAGGUUUUAAUCCUCCGCCAUCUCCGUGGAGGAACCGAUCGAUUACAGAAAGUCUUAAAUUAUUUGAAGACAUGAGAAAAGGCAAGUUUGCAGAGGGAGAGGCAACUCUUCGCAUGAAAAUAACCCUUGAAGAGGGUAAACAAGAUCCGGUUGCUUAUAGGAUAAGAUAUACAGAACACCACCGAACAGGCAAUAAAUGGUGUAUUUAUCCGACUUAUGAUUACACUCAUUGUUUAUGUGAUUCAAUUGAAAAUAUCACUCAUUCUUUGUGUACCAAAGAGUUUCAAUCGCGUCGAUCGUCUUAUUACUGGCUUUGCAAUAGUGUUGAUGUUUAUUGUCCCGUUCAGUGGGAAUACGGACGCCUUAACAUCAACUAUACUGUAGUAUCUAAAAGAAAAAUUGCAAAAUUGAUUGAAGAAAAGAUAGUUUCCGAUUGGGAUGACCCGCGACUCUUCACUUUGACAGCUUUAAGACGUCGAGGUUUUCCUUCUGACUCUAUCAAUGCAUUUAUAGCUCAAAUGGGUUUAACCGGUGCUCUUGUUGUUGUCGAUCCAAUAAUGUUAGAGAGUUUUGUCAGAGAUAAUCUCAAUUUAACAGCUCCUCGAUGUAUGGCUGUCUUAGAUCCCAUUAAAGUCAAGAUUAUUAAUUUUCCAUCUGAAUAUAGAUUAGUUCCUAAAUAUCUUGAAGUACCUGAUUUUCCAUCAGAUCCUAAUAACAAAUCAACUCAUUUGAUACCAUUUGAACGUACAAUAUAUAUUGAGAGCUCAGAUUUUAUGGAAAAAACAGAAGAUAAAAAUUAUCGAAGACUAACACCCAAUCAAAUGGUUGGUCUUAAACAUACGGGUUAUGUGAUUGAAGUGACAAAUAUAGUUAAGACAGCUGACGAUAAAAUUGAUUACUUGGAAGUCAAGUGUCAUAAGGCAACUGAUGUCGAUAAACCAAAAUCUUUUAUUCAUUGGGUUUGCACUCCAUUGAUGUGUGAAAUACGUCUUUACGACCGAUUGUUUAACCACAAGAAUCCGGAAGAUCCUAAUGAAGUUCCCAACGGUUUUCUAUCGGAUUGUAAUAGGAAUUCAUUGACUGUUAUUAAAGAGGGUUUGGUUGAUGUGUCGGUUAAAUACGCAAAAGUUUACGAUAAGUUUCAGUUUGAAAGAAUCGGUUUUUUUAGUGUCGAUCCCGACUCUACCAAAGGUCGACUUGUUUUUAACCGAACCGUUUCUCUUAAGGAUUCGUCAACAAAGAACUAAUACAAAAAAAAGUUUAU